AUGGUGGAGGCUCCAGUAACAGAGAUCUUUCUCAGGAUUGUUUGCAAGGAUGAAAAUGUGGUUUCAAUAUUUAAUGCUCAUCCCCUCACUGUCUGUGAGGUUGAGAAGGGCUCCACAGUCUGGAGUCUGGUCUCAGAGAAGCUCAACAUACCUGUCAAUCAACAGGGACUCCUCUGCAAAGGCAAGGCGCUGGCAGAUGAGCACAGACUGUCGCACUACUCCAUUGGUCCCGAUUCGAAGCUGAACCUCGUUGUGAAGCCCCCAACAGAGAAAGUGUCACCCGAGCAAGAACAGCACUCCCUGCAUCACCCCUCAUCUCACCCUGGGUCAGCGUGGCACAGCCUGCCUGCUGUUCUGAACAAACAGCCCUGCCGAUGUAGUGAGAGUCUGGAGCAGCUACACAAGGUGACCUAA